AUGGAAUACGUGCAGAGUUUGAUAGACAGAGGAAGCGCCGAAAGCUCUGAAUACUUCGAGAGUCGGCGAACGGUGCUGGAGAUGCUUGAAGACAGAGGCUACGACGUCGUUCAGCACGCCAACCUCGCUCCCACCCUCGACGAAUUCCGCUCUCGCUUCGGCCAACAUCCCAACCCUCGAACCCUCGCUUUCUGCGCUUCGCAUCGCUCUCAUCCCAACAACACGGUGCACGUCAUGUUUGCGGGAACCGAUGUCAUAAGAAAAGGAAACGUGGGUCUCAUAUAUACCCAGAACGAGGGUACGCAAAUUUUCAAACGGCUCAUACUUAUUGUGCAGAGUAGGGUCACUCCGUACGCGUACAAAGAGUUUAAGAAGUGGCCAUUUGAAGUGGAGAUUUUCCAUAUCACUGAUUUGCUGGUCAAUAUUACAAAACAUGUGAUGCAGCCAAAGUAUGAGAUACUUACUGAUGAUGAGAAGAAAGAGCUGUUCACCAAGUAUAAUUUGGUGGAAGAUAAUCAGCUCCCUGGCAUGUUAAAAACUGAUCCCAUAGCUCGCUAUUAUGGGCUCAAGAAAGGUCAAGUCCUUAAGGUCACUCACAGUUCUCAGCUGAUUGAAUCUUAUGUUACUUACCGCUGUGUCCAGUAACACU